AACUGAAGUGUCGAUGCGUUUAUGCAGAGACGAGGUAAAAAACCUUAGGUCCACUAAUAACGAGUUUACACUUAUAUCAUUUUUUAAAUUAGCAGUUUUUCCUGAGAAGCCAUGGACGAAGUGGCUGGCGCUCAGCUGAUAGCUGAGUCUCUGAAGACCCAGAAAGUAGAGUACAUGUUUGGGAUAGUUGGUGUUCCUGUCAUUGAAGUGGCCAUGGCUGCUCAGGCUGCAGGCAUCAAAUAUGUCGGAAUGCGCAACGAACAGGCGGCGUGUUAUGCAGCAUCUGCCGUUGGAUACAUGACAGGGAGACCAGGAGCAUGCCUGGUGGUGUCUGGACCUGGACUGAUUCAUGCUUUGGGUGGGAUGGCCAACGCCAACAUGAACUGCUGGCCUGUGGUGGUUAUUGGAGGGUCCUCAGACCGAAACCAGGAAACAGCCGGAGCCUUUCAGGAGUUUCCUCAGGUGGAGGCGUGCCGUCUGUACAGCAAAUUUUCUGCCAGGCCGAGCAGUCUGGAAGCCAUCCCCUCCGUCAUAGAGAAGGCGGUCCGCAGUAGCAUUUACGGGCGUCCGGGCGCAGUUUAUGUCGACAUUGCAGGGGACAUGGUCAAUGCUAAAGUGGACCGGAACAAAGUCAGACAUGUGUACUGCUGUCCUCCUCCUCCUGUGAGUUUGGCCGACCACAGUGCYGUCAGUGAAGCUGUCUCCAUCUUAAAAGCAGCCAAGGCACCUUUAGUCAUCAUUGGCAAAGAGCCCUCCUGCAGGCUGACGUUGUGCUUCUGCUUGGUGCCCGACUGAACUGGAUUCUGCAUUUUGGUCUGCCGCCCAGAUUUAACGCUAACGUAAAGAUCAUCCAGGUUGAUCUCUGUGCCGAGGAGAUGGGCAACAAUGUGAGGCCRGCUGUUGCUCUCCUGGGGGACGUUAGUGCUAUUACCGCACAGCUUGUGACAUGUGUCCGCAAAGAUGGCUGGAAAUAUCCCUCUAAUACAGAGUGGUGGAGCACGCUGAAGGAGAAAAUUGCCGCCAAUGCGAAAAUAUCAAAAGCACUUUCUCUUAAAGCCACACUGCCCAUGAACUACUACACAGUGUUCCACCACAUCUCAGAGUUGCUGCCACAUGACUGCAUCAUUGUCAGCGAGGGUGCAAACACCAUGGACAUCGGCCGCACCAUGCUGAACAACUACUUACCUCGACACAGGUUGGAUGCRGGCACUUUUGGAACAAUGGGAGUUGGCCUUGGGUUUGCUGUAGCAGCUGCUGCYGUGGAGAGGAGCAGGGACAAAAGCAGGAGGGUUGUCUGCGUGGAAGGAGACAGCGCUUUUGGAUUUUCUGGCAUGGAGGUUGAGACCAUGUGCAGGUAUAAUCUACCUGUGGUGAUAAUCGUGGUCAAUAAUAACGGCAUUUACAGCGGAGUAGAUUCUGAAACAUGGAAAGAAAUGGCAAAAAUGGGAGAUCUGACUUCUAUAGCCCCUCCUGUGUCCCUCCUGCCUGAUGCUCGCUACGAUGAGGUGAUGGCAGCGUUCGGAGGCCGAGGUUUUCUGGUGAGGACYGUGGAGGAGCUGCGCAGCGCCUUACAGCUCAGCCUGAGUGACUGGGAGAGACCCAGUCUCCUCAACGUGCUCAUUGACCCGUCGUCUGAUAGGAAACAACAGGAGUUUCCUUGGCUGACUCGAUCAAACCUCUAGACUUUAAUCCUCAUCCAAAAUCAAGCAACAAUGAUGCUUUUCCUCUGGAAACAGUAAUAUUAAUCUUUUCUUUGAUUGUUUCUGUGAAAUAACAAUUUAUUUUCAUAAUAAUUACUACACUGUAGUAUUUAAAUACAUAACAUUAAAACAUUUUUAAAUGUAUACAAAACACUCUUUAUAAAUACUGUCAGUAUUUUUACUCUUAUUUGUGAGUGUUCCCAUGAUUAUUAUCUAGGUUCAUUUUUGAUCAAUAAAGUAUAUUAAAAAAUAA